AUUUAAUCUAGUUUAAGAAAGAUGCUUUGAGCAAUCUACGAUUUUAAUAUCUACCUUGCUUGGGUGAUUGGAAUCUAUACAUUCGUGCACUCAGUCUGCAUGAUCACUAAGCUUGUUAUCAGGAACUAUUUCAGAAAGCCAUUGAACAUCCAGGAAAGAUAUGGAAAGGGAACUUGGGCAAUGGUCACAGGAGCAACUGGUGGUAUUGGAGAGGCUUACUGUCUCGAGUUUGCCAAACAGAACUUCAACAUCGUUCUUUCAGGAAGAAGCCUUGAAAAGCUUCAAGAUAUGGAAGAAAAAGUCAAGAAAAUCAACGGGAAAGUUAAAACAAAGAUCGUGACUGCUGACUUGGGAGAGACUGUUGAUGUAGAUUUUUACAAAAAGAUUUAUGAGCAAGUUAAAGACUUGGAUAUUUCUAUUUUAGUCAAUAACGCAGCUUGGGGAGAGGUCGCUCCAUUUGAUGAAAAGAGCCUUGACUUCCAUUUGGGAAAUGCAAGAACUAAUGCUGGAGCUCCAACCAUGAUCACCCAUAGCUUAAUAGAUAAGCUGACAUCAAGAAAUAAGAAGUCAGCCAUCAUUAAUGUUUCAGCUGCUGGACAAAAUGCUCCCGUUCCAUAUGCUGGUGUAUAUCCAGCUACAAAGCGUUACUUGACUAUCUUCUCUUACUUCCUCCAUGACAACUUUGGAGAUAAGAUUGACGUCCAGAAUCUUACUCCUGGAUAUGUUUCAACUAAGAUUGUUGGCCAUCGUAAAGGAGGAGAUACCAUCUCCCCAGAGGUGUGUAUUAAGAGUAGUCUCAGAGAUCUCGGACAGGAGUUCAACUGCUUACCUGUCAUUGCUCAUAGUAUCUAUGCUCAGGUAUUCCACACCCUCUACCGUUACUGCAAGCCUCUUUAUAAGGUUGUUGUUGUGGACGAAGUUGAGAUGACUCAUCUCAGAAAGUUCUACAAUACUCAUAAAGAGCCACUCAGCCAUUAAGGUGUUAUUACUUACAUUUACUCAUCCCAACAAUGGAUAUUUG